CCCUAGCAAUAUUUUUUGCAACAAAAUGUUGUACGGAAACUACUGUAAUUACAUGGAAGACAUGGCAUUUCUUGAUUCCAUCAGCACACAUUUGCAGGAUGAAUCCCAGAACCCUCUAAUGUUCACCGGCGCCGACGACGGCGGCCUCCAUGACAUGCUAAUGUACGGCGCCGCCAACAUGGGAUGGCUGCCGCAUCCUUCCGCCGCCGUACCAGCAGUUGUUGUGAAGACCGAGCCUGCCCCCGAAGUAACGGCGCAGCAAACGGCGAGAGGGAGCCACUACAGAGGGGUGCGGCAACGGCCGUGGGGGAAGUUCGCGGCAGAAAUAAGAGACCCGUCGAAGAAUGGGGCCCGCGUGUGGCUCGGGACGUAUGAGACGGCCGAGGAUGCGGCGUUGGCCUACGACCAAGCCGCGUAUUCGAUGCGGGGAUCGAGGGCGCUGCUCAACUUCCCGCUCAGGAUUAACUCCGGGGAGCCGGCGCCGGUUAGGAUUACGUCGAAGAGAUCGGUGGCUUCGCCUGAUCGGUCUUCGACGUCGUCUUCCGAUACUGGAAAAUCAAGGAAGCGGAAAACGGCGGCGGGUGGUGGUGUGAAAAAGGGGCGAAUUGAAGCCGGUUUGCAAUAACCAUGGGAAUGUUGUACUAGUACUCCCUCCACCCUCCGUUUCUCCAUAGUUGAGUCAUUUUUCCAUUUUGGGAAGUUUCCUCAUAGUUGAGUCAUUUCCCUAUAUAGUAACUUUUUUUCUCUUUCUUUUUUUAC